AUGGCGAGGAUGAAACAGAAACCACGUGCAGUGAGUGUCCAUGGCAGGGUGCCGGGCCACCUGGCCAUCAACACCCACACCCAGGCCACUUGUGGCAUAGAGUCGUUCAGCGUCUGUGAAUUUGAGCAAGACUGGUGUGACUGGGAGGUGGAGCCCAACAAGACCCUUUCCUGGGCGAGGAACUCCAGUCUCCAGGUAGCCCCAUCUCACGCCUGGCCCACGCGGGAUCACAGCACCAACAGCCCGGCAGGCUCCUUUGCCUACGUCACCAGCGUGCCCUCCCGGGGCCUGCAGCUGGGCGACGCCUGGCUCACCAGCCCCAUGCUGAAAGUGAACGGCUCCUGCCAGCUGGUGCUCUACGUCCACCUGUACGCCUCGAACAGCAACCGCCUGAAUAUCUACUACCGGACGGGAACAACCAUGAAGCUGGUCCGGACCCGUGCCGGGGACUUGGGUGACUACUGGGUCCGUGAGAAAGUGGAUUUCCAGGUGGAGCAAGUCGACUUCCAGAUUGUCAUCGAGGGGUUGAUUGGGACGGGGCACCAAGGCAACAUCGCUCUGGACGAUCUCGUUCUGUCUCCCGGCUGCUUGAAACAAGGCCGUGGACUCCUUGUCAGCCACGCACCUGACCCACACAUGCCCUGCAGCCAGGAUCAGUUUGCCUGCAACAACAGCAAGCAAUGCAUCAAUGUGGAACUUGUCUGCGACUUUAAGACUGAUUGCGCCGACCUCUCUGACGAGUGGAAUUGUGGAGUGACUUCGUUUACCAGCGGCACCGGGGGAUGGACAGACAUCAGCGUGGGGCGGCUGCAGUGGGUGCUCCGAAACGCCAGCAGCCAGCCAGACUCUACCGUACUUGUCUCCGAGCCCGGGCAUCUCCCUCUUGUGAGGAGGACGUUGGAGCCAAAAACGGUGGCUUCCAAGCAGUGGCUUUGGUGGUUUGGAACUCGCGCCCCCACUUCUGCCUUCUGGGAAAUGUGUGUUUUGUGA